GCUCUGCUGUCUAAUUAAACCCCUACCACGUAAUCCCAACGAAACCAUCCCCCCGUUUAAAUCCACUCCAACGGCGCUCACCACUCAAACACACUGUCCUCCGCUGCUAUCCCGUCCCAAACCCGGCCCCCGGAGGAGAGGAAACGCCAGCAGGAGCAGCAGCAGCACCGCAGCACCAUCACUGCUGCUUCUUCACGGUAACAUGGUUUGCAGGGCUCGGCUGCUGUAGCCAAGGGCCACUUAGUCAGUCACUCAGUCAGUCAGUGUGUGUGUGUGUGUGUGUGUGUGAGUGUGCAAUAAGAAUCAGUAGCAGCAGUAGUAAGAAAGCGGACCGAGAUCUCGGUCAACACUAUUCACCCGGAGCACCAGGAGGAAGGAGCCGAGCAUCUCCUGCAUCUCUACCCGGCUGUCCCGCACACCGGCCCCGCUGAUCUGGAGCAGGGAUACCCCGCCUCUCCUCCACAGACACUGCCUCGGCUUAAUCGGGUGUGAAAAGCGGCCUGGCUAGUGCUGUAGUCACCAUUGUUGUCAAGGAAACCGAGAGUCCUGUCCCGUUGCCAUGGGGAAACAGAACAGCAAGCUGCGGCCAGAGAUGCUGCAGGACCUCCGGGAGAACACUGAGUUCUCCGACCACGAGCUGCAGGAGUGGUACAAGGGUUUCUUGAAGGAUUGCCCCAGUGGAACCUUGAAUGUGGAGGAGUUCAAGAAAAUCUACGCCAAUUUCUUCCCCUACGGUGAUGCCUCCAAGUUCGCUGAGCACGUCUUCCGAACUUUUGACACCAACGGUGACGGGACGAUAGACUUCCGGGAGUUCAUCAUCGCCUUGAGCGUGACGUCACGGGGCAAGCUGGAGCAGAAGCUGAAAUGGGCUUUCAGCAUGUAUGAUCUGGACGGAAAUGGUUACAUCAGCCGCGACGAGAUGCUGGAGAUUGUACAAGCCAUCUACAAGAUGGUGUCAUCUGUGAUGAAGAUGCCAGAGGAUGAAUCCACGCCGGAGAAGAGGACGGAUAAGAUCUUCAGACAAAUGGACCUCAAUAAUGAUGGCAAAUUGUCCUUGGAGGAGUUUAUCAAAGGUGCCAAAAGUGACCCCUCCAUUGUCCGACUACUUCAGUGCGACCCCAGCUCGGCCUCCCAGUUCUGAACCUCCUAAGCCCUGCUACGACCCUUUCUCCCUCACCCUCUCUGUUGCUAUUGAAACAGUCACUCAAAUCAAUGCAUGAUGGUUCUAAUCUCUCAUUUCAUCUUUUUUUUGUUGUUGUUAUGUGCAAGGAUGGAGGAGAAAUUUUAAGGAGGCUAAGAAAAGUCAUCUCUAUCAUUUUACUUUCAUUUUUAUAUUUGGGGAAAACAAAGGGACAUGCAUACAUAAAAUGAGAAGUCGACAGUGGCGUCCGCUAAUGUUCCCGAGUAUCUCUCUCUCUCUCUCUGGAACAUCAGGUUUCCAGGGAGCUGAUGACAAGGUGUGGAUACUUUUUGCAGGGUGGGGAUGGCUCAGUUUGUCCUCCAACACACAUGUAUAUCAUGUAUAUACUGUACGUCUAUGUAUAUCAUGAGAUGAAGUACAUUUGUCUUCAUGUAUGGUGCACACUUUCUGACAUUGAAAGGCAGUAUUAUGUAGCGUAGCUUCCUGGUCUGAUCUGAUGGGUGGGUGGGAUGGAGGUGGGUAGGGUUUGGGUUGGGGCGUUAUUGGGAUUUUACUGCUAUAUGAUCUUUCGCUGAGAAAAAGAAGGCCUAAGAUCCCAUUAGGUUUUUAUCGAUAUCUUCUGGCAUUUUGUUGAUUUUUAAAUUUUAAAUGUUGUUUUUCAUUUGUACAUAUUGUUUUCCUCCUUCAUGUUGUUUUAUUUAUUCAUUUUUAUUCUUAUUAUUGUGCUUUUACUUUGAUAUGUUGUUAAAGAUUACCAUAUUCCAGUUUACAGUGACAGAGAGAGAGAGAAAAUGUGAGUUAAGAUUGAUCUCUUUGGGAUUUGUGGAUUUGUUGAAGUGGAAUAUUGUGAAAUUCUAGUGAAAUAAGGGAAUCCCAUAAUGCAUUUGAUCAACGACACCAGUAGCGCAUAUCGUUUUAGCCUCCAUGUGUUUAUAAAGUAUGGCUGUGCAUUUGGUCUGAAUGUGUGUGUGCAUGUGAAUAUGCACUGUAUGCUUGAGGCUAUAACUUUUACAGUAUUAUCAAGUUGUUGUGUUGUUUCUUAAUUUGUAAGUAUUUUAAAGUUCUUCAACAAUGAGCAGUAAACUUAAGAUAGUUGUAACCUGUCACUAUACUGCAUGAUCCUACGAACCAGACAACAACAAAAUCCACAAAAACAGUCAACGCACAGCAGUAUCUUUUUGUAGCUCUGCAGCCUCCUCAGCACUGUACCAGGCAGAAAUGAUUAAAUAUUUGUCUUGCUUUGGGACAAACCCUCCCCCCUCUCUCUCUCUUUUGCUCUGACAGACAGAGAACUCACUAAGGGCUCGUUCAUCACUCUCUAGCUGAAUGCUUUUAUAACCUCCUGGAUUAGUCUGCUUACAGAGCAGUUAGAUGAAGGGAAAUGUUUUAGGAGAUAGGAGCAAGUAGAGAUACUUGUUCUGAUUAGAGUUUUCAGGGUUUCCUGACGUAUGUAGUAAGCUGACAAAGAUCAGUGGCUUUGUUUACAUUAGCACUGAUAGAAAUUAACCUUAAUUAAUGUUUGGGAUAACUAUUCCAACAUAUUUAAUUCAUAUUUGGAGCAGUAAGAUGGCAUCAAAUCCAUCUUUCCAAUUUCAGUGAAAUACAAGACUGUAUAUUAGAGUUUGAAAGCACAGCCUCGACUGAAUAAAACAUGCUUCAGAAUAAAAGCCUCCUUCUGAAAUACUGUGCACAUGUAAACAGAGCUACUGGUUGCAGCAACACCAGCACAGCACGACUCCCAUGCAUUAACAAUUUAAGGCCCCCAUUGUCAGAUCACUAUUGCCAUCUUCUGUUUUGGAUGUUAAACACAGCACACACGUUUGUGAAGUGUGGGGCACACUGGACAAAAUAAGUAAAACUGCAUAUUGCAGAUACUCAGACCCAUUUUAGGUAAGUCCUACUUGGAAACCUUGUUUGAGGAAGGGACCUGUUAAAUAUGUUCCCAUUAUAUUGCCAUUUCUUUACUUUUACAGGCUGACAUUGUAUAAUGUAUAAGUGUUUUUAGUGUACAAGUGGUGGAAUGUAACUACGUAGAUUCACUCAAUGACUCCCACUUUACUGGAGUAUUUUCAUUUCAACGCUACUUCAUACUUUUAAUCCAGAACAUUUCAGAAGGAAAUAAUACAAUUAUUGUUUUAGAUUAAACUUCCCAAAAUUAUAUAAAACAGUUCCAACCUUAACUACAACUUUGAAGUAUUGCUUGCAUGUCAAUGCAUCAAUAAUAGUGAUUCAUUAAUAAUAAUCACACUAACAGGGGUUAUUCUGCUUAAUGAGAUCUUUUACUUUUGGUACUUUCAGUAGAUUUUGUUGCCAAUAUCUCUGCUUUUUUACUUAAACAGUUUGAAUGCAGGACUUUUACUUCUGAUAGAGUAUUUACAUAGUGUAGUAAGUAAAUGUUCUUCCAACUGCCAUUUAGCAAAGCUGAUAAUCAAAAUCCCCAAAUUUAACCACAUCCAUUAUUCUACCCUUCCUCAGUAAAAAAGGAUAAGGACAAAAACAGCCAACAUCAGCCCAGUAUGUGUUGCCCAACAUUUCACUAACUCAUACAUUUUAAUUAUUGUGUGCAAUGGUGGCAGAGUGAGCUUUCAGUGAGAACCUGAAAGCUGUGCUGGUGCAGCUGCAUCCACAGGACAUUAGGACUGACCUGAGGUUAACCUUCUACCAAACAUUUGCACAGGAGCUUCCUAACCAGCCGCACCUCUGCUUUGGGGAUCCUAUAGUGUCACUGCCUUCUGCUGGUAGGAUAAGGAACAACAGUUGCUACCCUCUGAUCUACUACAGUUGAACCCUUUUCUAUUCUCACUGCCUCUGAUGAACUGGUACCUUGUGUUGGAUAAAUACACCCACUUCUUUCUUUCUUCCUUCCUAACCUCCCUUUCUUUCCUUCCUAUUUUCUGUUGCAUGAAAACCUCACAUGAGGAUUGUCAUGUUUGUUCCGUUGGACCUGAAAGCGAAAUAUACCUAUGUGUUUCAAAGCUCAA